CAGUCUAAUACCCGGAGUCAUAACCUGAACAUGCCAGGAUCAGAGCGAAGCAACUAAACCCAACCCCGGUGAUAUUAAACCGCGAGAAGAUACCAGAACUUCUAAUAUAUUGCAAUAAAAAUACCAACAAUAACCUUUUAUUGGUCGACAAAUCUAAAACGGCAACGAAAUGAAAAAAGAAGAAUUUUCUCUAACUUCCAUACUUUUUAUCCUUAUCCAUACUGUUGCUGCAAAAGAAGAUGAUGGUGUACAGUAUAGGAUGAUAGGAGAAGAAACAAUUCAUAAAAUUCCUGUUGGAUCAAAACUGUUUUUAGAAUGCCCUCUUCAGCAGAUAUCAACUAGGCCUGGAACUAUAAUGCUAUGGAAGAAGGGGCAUAGAGUCCUGACAGCAGGAAUUAUGAAGGUUAGACGUGAUGCUAGGUUGGAGUUGGUCGGAGACAACCUUGAGAUCUCCGGUAUCGGAGUUCAUGACGGAGGAAGAUACAGCUGUGAGGUCGAAACCGAUUCAGCUGAACCUCUAGCUGUAGUUCAUAUUGUAGAAAUACUAGUUCCUCCUUCAGUUCGAACUGAACCUAGGAGCGGAGAAAUAACAGUUAGAGAAGGAACCAGUGUUUCUUUAGAGUGCAGAACGAACGGGAACCCUACUCCUGGUGUGACCUGGAGUAGGGACAAUGAACCCGUCCUUCCCGGGUUGGAGAGGAGAGGGAGUAGAAUAGAACUAAGCAGUGGAGGAAUGAUUCUAACUCUUCACAAUGUUGACAGGAGACACAGUGGCAAAUACAAAUGUCUGGCCCAUAACGGAGUAGGAGAGGAUGGUGAGGGACUUAUCAAGCUUCAUGUUCUUUAUUCUCCAGUUGUCAAGGUUGCAGAAGAGGUGGUGGAAGGGGGUACAGGAUACAGAAGAGAACUAUCUGUAUUGUUUAAGGUUGCUGAAGAGGUGGUGGAAGGGGGUACAGGAUACAGAAGAGAACUAUCUGUAUUGUUUAAGGUUGCAGAAGAGGUGGUGGAAGGGGGUACAGGAUACAGAAGAGAACUAUCAUGUAUUGUUCAUGCUGAACCUAAACCUGAAGUUACUUGGUAUAAAAACUCAAUGCUCUUGGAUCUUGGAACCAGGUACGGAAUAGGUCGAGAAGCGAAGAAAUAUAACCUUAUUGUGAAGAAGGUAGGAGUUGAGGAUUUUGCAAACUACUCUUGUCACGCGGUAAACAGCCUGGGCAGAACCAAGGGAACCAUUCAACUCAGAGGUAACCCCUGUGCUCCUGUGUUCCUGAACAAGGUUCUGAACCUGGGUCCAGGUUCCUACCGUGUAUCCUGGGAGACCCGGAGCUAUGAAGAUAUCCUGGAAUAUAGACUGUUCUAUAGACAAGACGAGAGUUCUCCUGACGAUCCUCUUCAUUGGAGUACUGUCAUUAUUAACGGUCCCCAGCCGGGGGCUGAUACUCCUUUAAUUCAGCAGUUCCCCUUGACUAACCUACAGGAGGGAGCAGCAUAUCAGACGAAAGUGAUGGCAAGAAACCGGUUUGGUUGGUCAGAGUACAGUCCUGUGUUUUCAUUUAUAACCAGUCUACGGAGUACAGAUCCUCCUGAGGUUGAAAAUGGAAUGAGUAAGCUGCCUGAAACCUGGAUCUAUGCAAGCAGUUCAACAUUUAAUCAUCCCAUGCUUCCGCUGCUCUUUUCUAACCUUUUUAUUCAACUUUUUAUCAGACGUUAGAUACUUAUUGUUUACCUUCAAGGGACUAAUUGCAGUGAUAUGCAAAAACAAUGGAGGACAUGCACUUAAUAUAAUGCCUUUUAGUUAAAAAAAAAAAAUUUUGUUUUUCCGAUGGUUUGAUUUGGCGAGGAAAAUACAAGAUUUAAAAUGCAAAAUGUCUAUGCAAAAAUUUCUAAAGCUUAUUAUUUUAACUAUUUUUUGCAUAAUUCAAAGUUUGUUUUGUAAUGUUUAAUCAGUUUUUUGAAUUUAAUUGAAUUUUAGUCAUUCAAAAACAAGCAGAGCAGGGUCUAGAAAUACAGAGCAGGGUCUAGAAAUGACCAUCUCCUUAUUGGUGGAAAUUUAAAUUGUUGGUACAGAUUUUGAAAAAAAUAUGACUAAAACAAAAAUUUAAAAAUUAAAUUUCGAAAAUUCGAUUUGUUUUGGAAUGAUCCAUAAUACAAAGAUGUGUUGCAAUUAUUGUACACUUUACAGGAAUUGUACUAACAUUUGUACAUAAGUAGUUUUGUUUAAAUCAUUUUAUUAAAUAUGUCAAGAUUCUUAAACAUAAAAACCUGUUUUAACUGAAAAGUGUACAUACAUUAUCAUUAAAAAGUAACAUGUUUUAUACAAAUAUGUUACACAUGUACAGAUUCUUGUACAAAUGUGUUACAUAUGUACAGAUUCUUGUAUAAAUAUGUUACACAUGUACAGAUUCUUGUACAAAUAUGCUACAUAUGUACAGAUUCUUGUACACAUAUGUUACAUAUGUACAGAUUUUUGUACAGAAAUAUUUUAGCAUUGUACAUGUUCCUGUGGAUUAUGAUUGGUGUACGUAAUUUAUAAUAAAAGAACUAUAUUAUUUAUCUCAAACAUUUUUCUCUAAUUUCUUUAUCUUUGCAACCUGAUAAUUUCAAACUUUUAAAUCUUGCAAAAUCUAAAGUUUGAAAGCUCAAUAUCAAUAUAUUGCAAAGAUCUACGGAUUAGACAAUUAGAGCUUGAGACGAUUAAUCAGUAAAAAACUAGAAUGCUAACUGACCAUUUAAAAAAUUUAAAAAAAAGAUUCUCAGCUAAAAACUAGCAUUCAGUCCCUUUAUUCCCUGCAGCAGUGUAUAUGUCGUUGUUAUUAAAUUUCUAAAAUUUAUUAUAUGUGUUUUGUUUGAUCAUGGCUGUGACUAAUAUAUAUUGUAAACAAUCUGAACUCUCCUACAUUAAUAAAUCAGGAAAUUUUUCAA